CAUGUUUCCUUGUGGUCCCAACAUCCCUCUCCUUGACACGUGUAUCCGUGCCCUCAUCUUAUGAUUUCCACGUGUCACCUGAUGACUUGCCCUCUCCACUUGGCACUUCUAUCAAAAUGGUGCCUAACAUCCUCCCCUCGGCCACCACACCUAAUAUUAACAUUUAAAGAUAUAUAGCUUGUGCUUCACUUCUCUGUUCUCUGUCUCUUGCAUCAACCCACCAUCUAUUUACUUGUUCAAUCUAUAGGCUGCAAACUUUCACAGAAUUUAGUUCAAAACAACCUUAAUCAAGACUUAUCAAAACCAAAUUAAUGGAGAGCACCGAUUCAUCGUCUGGGUCGCAGCACCCACAGCUGCCACCGGGGUUCAGGUUCCACCCUACUGAUGAAGAGCUAGUGGUCCACUACCUAAAAAAGAAGGUUGCAUCAGUUCCAUUACCGGUUACAAUUAUAGCUGAGAUUGAUCUAUACAAAUUUGAUCCAUGGGAGCUACCAAGUAAGGCUACGUUUGGAGAGCAAGAGUGGUAUUUUUUCAGUCCUAGAGACAGGAAAUACCCCAACGGUGCAAGGCCUAAUAGAGCUGCAACUUCAGGGUAUUGGAAAGCUACUGGAACUGAUAAGCCUAUAUUAACAUCUAAUGGAGCUCAAAAGGUUGGUGUCAAAAAGGCCCUGGUUUUUUAUGGUGGUAAGCCACCAAAAGGGAUUAAAACCAAUUGGAUUAUGCAUGAAUAUCGCCUUAUCAAUAACAAUCCUAGCUCAAAACCUCCUGGUGAUUCUGCCAACAAGAAAGGAGGCUCUUUAAGGCUUGAUGACUGGGUUCUAUGCCGGAUUUACAAGAAAAACAACCCUCAAAGACAGAUGGAUCAAAUGGAGGAGGAUUCAAUGGAGGGAAUGUUUACUACACUGCCAAGUACUUCUAGCAACAAAAAUCCAAAACACCCUUCAGUUUCAAAGCCUACAGGUUAUGCUUCAUUACUUGAGAAUGAAGAUACCUUCUUUGAAGGGAUACUAACAGGAGAUGGCAUGCAAAACAGUUCCAUUUCUCAAUUACCAUCUUCAAGCUCGAAGCCAAAUAUGUCCAUGACCUCAGUCUCUACAAAUACUCUUUCGGAAAAACGUUCCCUCCCUUAUCAUCAGUAUUGGAAUGAGACUACAGGAUUACCAAUGGGGCUGGCUAAUUCAUCAGCAAAGCGUUUUCAUGGUGAUCUUAAUAGUGGCAUUACUGGCACUCAAGAGGAUAACAACUCCUUUGUUUCUUUGCUUAACCAGUUUCCACAGAGCACACCAUUGGUUCACCCAAGCACUCUUCUUGGUUCUCUGGGCGAUGGUGUUUUGAGACAAACCUUUCAACUUUCUAGCUUGAAUUGGAACUCAUAAUUUCGUCAAGAAUUAAUGGGCUUGACUAUGCAUGCAUAUUAUGCACAUAUGCAUGUGCAAAUUAAGGUAACUUGAAUGAAGAUCGAGUUGUCAUUACAAGAGAAAGUUCAAAAAAAUCUACAAGAACAAUUUCUUCAACUUUUUAGGCCAAAUGGACUCAUGAGAAGACUUCUGAGCUUCUUUGAUUAGCAACCAUAACAUCUAGGAUUUAGCACACAGGUAAGGUUGUUAUGUCAAUUUUAGCGUAUUAUGCCAUACUUCGUUGUCAUUCUCAAGAUCAUCAACACUUCCAAAACGUUGUCUUUAUUUAACUAGAAAUUAAAUAAAUGGUAGUGAAUCUAACGUUCAUAAAAUCCCUUAUUGUGUAAUUGAUUUCAUAUUUGUUUUGAAAAGAAUAUGACGACAUGGCUAUCGUAAGACAAGUGUUAGUGUUAAAGAAUCUAAGGUUGGAAAUCUGGAAAAAAAGAAAAAAAAAAGGAGAGUGGCUUGUGUUCUUAUUAAUAGUACGUAGUGGUAAUUACUAAAUAACAACCUUGCAAAAAAGAUGGUAAAAGCCAUAUGCUGUGUUGAUUAAUUCAAGGAGAACGAAUCCGGUACCUGAUUUUUUGUUUCCAUCAAUAAAUGUAGCCUUUUUAAGCUU